AUGCAGAUGGUUCAAUCCGAAGUGUUAUUUCAGAUUGCCGAGGAAACGGCCGCAGAGUUUAUAGACCGUCAACUGUUCCAUUGGCAUAUACCGUUUACAACUCCCGUACCUGAACAUAAAUUAUGUGUUUUGGUACCGUUCCGAGACAGAUUGUAUGAAUUGAAAGAAUUCGCACCUCAUAUUGAUAGGUUUUUGAGGCGACAACAAAUUCCACAUCAUAUCAUCGUUCUUAAUCAAACAGAUGAGUUACGCUUCAAUAGAGCAUCACUGAUUAAUAUUGGCUGGUAUGAAGCUGAUCGGUUAAAAUGUGAUUACUUAGUAAUGCACGAUGUUGAUUUACUGCCCUUAAACGACCAAUUGAAUUAUUCAUAUCCAGGUUUUGGAGUGGUUAGGCAUAUCUCUUCACCGCAAUAUCAUCCGAAGUACAAUUAUACGAAAUUUAUUGGUGGCAUUCUGAUGUUAACACUUCAUGACUAUAAAAUGGUGAAUGGUAUGUCGAACAAGUAUUGGGGAUGGGGACUUGAAGAUGAUGAAUUUUACUUACGUUUAAGAGACGCAAAUUUAACAGCUCUUAUGGAUAGGCCGUCAAAUUUAACUACGAACAGGAAGAACACUUUCCGACAUAUUCACGACCCACGUUUACGACGCAGAGAUCGAUUUGUGAUUGGCGAUCAGAAGAAGAUGUCAAGACGCCGCGAUCGAGUAAGCGGUCUUGAUUCGGUGAAAUACCGUAUUGUCUCUCGCGAUCUACUUCGUUUUGGACAGAAAAAUGAGGAGUCAGCGCUUGUAUCUGUAUUAAAUAUUGAAUUGCAUUGUGAUGUCAAAUGGACUCCUUACUGUAAAUUACCUCAUUCUAUACGAAAACAGCUCAGCUGA